AUGCUUGUUAGAGCUCGGGCUAUUCGAUGUACAAGUCAUCUUGUGAUAUCAACUAAUCGGGCAUUGAUACCUUUGAACCCACUUUCUAUCUCACGGACUUUCUCUACUUAUCACGCCUUAACCCGCCAUUCCGCCGAAAGCUCUGAGCUGUUUGAGUAUACAUCUGGAAGAUGGAUCUUCAAUGAAUCCCUGAGACUCGCGGAACGACGACGCGUCUUCAACGUCCCUGAAUUGAAGCGCCUUGCUGCCGAGUCGAUUAACCAAAGCGCGGAGGAUGUCGCCAGCUUUGAGAAGGUUGCUGAGGGGUCGUUUAACCGUGUUUUUCUAGUGACAAUGAACGAUGGUACCAAGCUUAUCGCCCGUGUCCCGUAUCCCCUUAUCGAACCGAAAUACUUCGUGGUAGCCAGUGAAGUUGCGACUUUGGAUUACCUUCGACUACAUGAUAUACCCGUACCCAAGGUGUUUGGCUACUCGGCUACGUCGGAUAAUGCAGCAGGGACGGAAUACAUCUUUAUGGAAUAUAUCCGUGGACAGAUCUUGGGUAAUCUGUGGUUCGACUUGUCUGAUGAUGAUUGUUCCAAAGCUAUUAAAAAUAUUGUCGACCUGGAAGCUCGCCUUUUCAAACUACGAUUUCCUGCCAGUGGAAGCCUUUACUAUACGGCGGAUCUGUGCUCCAAAACUGAUAGACCACCCGUGCCGAUAGAAGAUCCACCGAGCAACGGCCGGUUUAGUAUAGGGCCCGAGACUACUCCACGAAUGUGGUUCGGGAAAAGACGUGAACUACAAGUAGAACGCGGCCCGUAUGAGACUGCAGAGGCGGCCCUGACCGCGGGUGCGAAGAAGGAGCUUGCUUACUUAGCUAGGUUCGGUAAAAGACUGCAACCUCGUGAGCGUGUUUAUAGAGCGUUAUACGGUUACAAAGAAGUGUCCCAUUUGGGUCAGGUGAGGAAUUUGGAAGACUAUCUACGUGUUGCACCGUAUCUAGUGCCGGAAAACAUCAAAUCUCUUUGCCAGCCUACAAUCAGACACCCGGACUGGCACCCGAACAAUAUAUUGGUGUCCGACGAUCUUACAAUUACUGGUUUAAUAGACUGGCAGCAUGGCUCUAUCUUACCACUCUUCCUAAAUUGUGGGUUUCCGCAACAUAUAUGGAAUUGUGGGGACGAGGUUUCAAAAUCUCUCGACACGCCUAAGUUACCAGACAAUUUCGAUGAUCUUGAUGAUAGCGACCAGCUUAAAGAGCUGGAAAUUCUCCGAAAACGUCGUAUCCAUCAUUACUACGCAUGGUAUACUGCAAUGUUGAAUCCUGUUCAUACUAUUGCCAUGGACCACGAUCUAAGCUUGAUGAAGGGCCUGAUUUUCAACCACGCGAGCAACCCAUGGGAUGGGGAUAUGGUGUCACUAAAAGCGGACCUCGUUUAUAUAGCGCAGAACUGGGACAAACUGUCCAACCCAUCGUCCGGCACUAAGGCGGGUGUCUGCCCAUUAGAAUAUUCGAACGGCGAGGCGAACUCAUGGUUGAUGUUCAAUAGCUGGCAGAUCGGAGGUGACGCACAGAUAUUGAACUUCAGGAACCAUAUUGGUUGUGGGCCAGAUGGGUGGGUGCCGUCGGACGGAUAUGACAAAGCUAAGCAACGUGAAAUGAAAUUCAAGGAAACUGCGUUCGAGGGACUUAAAUCGGAAACUACGUCGGAAAGUGAUUUGGAAAAGGUCUGGGCCAAGAUGUCCGAGAAUUGGAUGUUCGAUGAUUUCGACGAAGAGCCAUAUCAGUAG